UCUCUUGUAUCCAUCUGGUAUUGUACAAACCUGCUCUCCAAGACUUUAAUCAUACUGUUUCGUGGUUCAUGGUUGUUUAUGGAUUACAAUUUCCCUUCGGUUUUGUUGAAGUCACUCUGAGAACAUGUUCUAAUUUUAGAAUUACUCAAAACAACCGUUUGCCCCCUCAAAAUAAUGAAUUUGUAGAGGGGGGGUGGGAGGGAGGCAGAGUGAGUAGGUCAAUCAGAGCAGACAAUUAGUGCCAUCAGCUGAUCAGAUUGAGAGGUCACCGACCGGACAUGCGGAAGUUAAUCGCCAAGUUGUUCAGUGUCUUUGACCGCAACAUUUCUGCAUUGCUGUUGUUCUUCUUCAAGAUAAAAGUACCUGGAUUGGACCCAGACAACGAGAGCGUUAAAGGUAGACUAGCGGUUAUCUGCGUGGGUCUGUUCACUCUCGCCGUGGGCAUCAUACUCUCCUCUGUCCCUUGGCUGGACUACCUAGUACUCAAGAACCUCCGUCUGUGGAACGGCACCCUCAGCUACCAUUACUGGCAGAAACCUGGCGUUCUCCGUCUCACCAAGGUCUUCAUCUUCAACGUCACCAACCCUGAGGGCUUUCUCAACCAGGGCGAGAAGCCCAGACUGGAGGAGAUCGGACCUUUCGUAUAUCGGGAAGACAUGGAGAAGAUAAACAUCCGUUUCCAUGACAACGGCACCGUGUCCUUCCAGCACCAUAAAAUUCUGGAGUUCGUACCAGAGCUGUCCGUGGACAAGAACCUGAAGAUCGUAGUACCGAAUAUUCCAUUAUUGACGCUGACAUCGGGUAGCAAUGAACUGAGUCGGUUACUCCAGACUUCACUCUCUGUCGUGCUGAGGUUCAUGGGAGGGAUGACUCCCUUCAAGACCGUCUCUGCCGAUGAGCUCGUGUUCGGCUAUGACGAUCCUCUCACAUCCCUUGCUAACAGGUUCUACCCUCGAGGCAAGCGGCCUCCCAGGAAAAUGGGCCUAUUUCUUGGGAGGAACGGCACCUUGGACGAUGUGGCAACCAUCAACACCGGUCACCGCGGAAUGGAAUACUUCGGCAUUAUGGAUAAACUGAACGGCAUGGACCACCUGCCAUACUGGAACGAUGCGCCUUGCAACAACAUCAACGCUUCUGAGGGUUCCCUAUUUCCUCCACGUGCGGUGACCGGAUCUGACGUCGUGAACGUGUACGACAAAGAUCUGUGCCGCGUGUGGCCUCUACGUCACCGUUAUGAGAUGUCAGAAGGAGGGAUCACCGUUGGCUAUUACACACCUGAUGAUAACAUCUUCCGCAACGGAGAUGAAUAUCCCGACAACAAGUGUUAUUGUCCUGGGAGUGAGGAAUGUCCUGUCGACGGUCUUCAGAACAUCUCUCCCUGUCAAUUUGAUGCUCCAGUGUACCUGUCCUUGCCCCACUUCUACAAAGCAGAUCCGUCUCUUUCGGAACCUUUUGAAGGUCUCAACCCGAGCCAAGAAAAACAUGAGACAUUCUUCAAGAUACAGCCGAAACUGGGUGUUACGUUAGAGGCUCGAGUUAGGGUUCAACUGAACCUCAAAGUAGAACAUGCAGAAAUCCAUCCAGUCCGGAAUUUUCCUGACAUCGUCUUCCCUAUCAUGUGGCUAGAAGAGGGCGUGGCAGAAUUGACGCCGGGCAUCCACACUUGGGUCUUCAUGUCGACGACGUUCGCCGAUCACGUAGCGCCAGUCAUACAGUACGGUCUCAUAGUCAUAGGCUCACUCACUCUGAUAGUGGUGUUCGUGCGAGCCUACAAGAAUCUCGUGUUCACGGCCGAGAACAUCGAACUGGGCAAGCAGAAGUUGCGGAGAGGCAGCAGUUUCAUCGUGAACGGCCAGCAUCGGCUGCUGAUAAUUCGUGAUUCGUACCAGGUGCUGCACAACCUGCGAGAACCUACCCGACCGGACUCUGUGCACUUGCUGGACGGUGAGAAUGGCACGGAGAUGCAAGAGACAUCGUUCAACCCGGACCCCUCGGCGGAGAGUUAACCUUCGCUAAGUGUGGCCUGAGGCCUAAAAGCUAGUCCAGCCCGGCUCGUGGCCGGCCUAACGUCCUCUGUGACGGUACACUGACGGUACCGUAGUAGAUAUAGAUCUGUGAUUUUGUUCGUAGCUUAAUUCACGGAGUAAAUUUCAGGAAGGAAUUGUCAACUGAGGACUGUACAAAAAUGAUCACGUAGAUCAGAAAACUCUGAAUUGUUUUAAGGAGUUUCGUUGCAUGACACUGAUUCACAUUUUAAAGACAAUUCUGAUUUAUUUUGCAUUCUGUAAGCAGAACACAAACAAAACCCCUGUAAUAUCUAAAAAGUAAAUCAUGUUGCCUGUUAAAAAUUGUAUUCCUUCCAUGAUUGCCUUUCAUAAACUCACUUAAUCAUUUUUUACUUGAUGAUAAUAUAAGGUUAAGAGUUGGGUUUGUGCAAGUUUUGGUUUAGGUUUUUGGACUACCUCCUUGUAUGUGUUCUAUCAUUUUACUUUUCUAAAUCUUCGUGGUCUUAAAUUCAAUACACAUUUCUUCCCAAAGAGAGUAAUUUGUGAAGUCUUAUAAAUUACUAGACUUGUAAUUAUGACUUAUUUAUUAGGUAAAACUUCCUGAUAUUUAUUCACAUAGAUACAAGAGCCGUGAGUCCAGGAACCAUGACAUUGAAUCUUGACCAAAGGUCUUGCUCAAGAAUCUUCCACUUGCCAAGUCUGUGAGUGCCUUACUGAGGACCGCUGCCGUCCUAUGUUAGAAUUAAUUAAUUUUAAUUAUGCUACUUAAUAUUUUCUAUCAUAAGAGUUUUAUACAAAUGAUCAUUUGUUUUAUUGUGUGUGAUGAACCGUAUAUUUUAUGCUCUUUAUGAGUUAUGAAAUAGUACAAGACAGUAUUAGAAGUAGAAUUCAACAAAGACAGUUUUGGGUAAAUUCUACUUUCCGUCAAUGGCCAAUCAUACUUGUUAAUUUAAUCACAUGAAUAUUUAGUGUAUAUUUUAACACGAUGGAGCAAUGAUUAUUAUUGAUAUUUACCAUUACAACUUAUACAUUAGAAAAUCAUCAAAAUACUCCAAUAGAUAAACAUAAUUGUAUAUUAUUCUAUAUGACUAUUUUCCUAUGUAUUUUAUAAAAAUACCUGUAAUCACAUAGAUUUUUAAUAUAAAAUACGUAUAGCCAGCUGAAGAUAGAAGUUGUACUUACACCAAUGAACAUCCGUUAGUAAUUCCAGUUCAAAUAUACAAUUUAUCAUGACCUACAUGUUACGUUCAAAUAGAGUAGUAAUUUGGAUGGAUUCUGUUAUUAGUAUUCUAAUUACUACCAUAAUGGUAUUAUUAUGAUUGUCUACUAUUUUAAAACCCCAGUGCAUUGUGUUAAAAUCACUCAUUGUCACUUCUAAUAUACAAAUAGUUUAAUAGAAGCACAAGUUUAUCCAAUGUCAAUUUGCCUACCAGGCUGACUAGUACAAGUAAAACUGGAAGGUUUUAAAUCAAGUUCUUAUUGACUGGGGAUUGAUAACAUUAUUUAUCAUUAUUUUUAUCAUCAUAAUUGUUUUGGGGGGGCACUCUUUUAGAGUAGAGAAUUUAAACCAAAUGGUGAACCUCUUCUUCCAGUUUGUUUAUGAUGAGGGUUCUGAGUGAAUUUGUCACUCAACUCAAUUUUGAGUAUCUUAUUAUUAUGCAAUUCUGCGACAAUUUCACAAUUUCAAACAAUAAUUCUCUUGUUAGUUUUCAUUCUAAAUA